AUGGCAAGCAGUGCCGCUGGCUCAGAGUUAUUCGAAUCGUACGAGCAAGACUUCAAACUCCUCUACAACUCUAUCAGUCAGAAAAUCAAUAAUGUCAUUCCAAGUCAAUCUGGAGAAGAGAGAAAAGUUACACUUCGGGCUAUUGACCGUGAGAUCGAUGAGGCGACCGAAAUCUUUUCACAAAUGGAUAUUGAGAUUAUAAACAUGCCAUCGGCUUCUCGCUCACAACUACAAGCCAGAUUGAAAGCCCAUAAGAGUGACUUGGAAAACUUAAAACGAGAUGUGAAAGUGGUCGCAUCUCGAGCUCCAGGUCCAACAGAUCGUGAACAGUUACUAUCUGCACGUAAUGGUACUGAUCUUGAUAGCGCUGCUGUAGAUCAGCGCGCGCGUCUAUUAAUGGGAACUGAACGUCUUGCUGAAAGUAGUCUUCGAUUACAAGAGAGUCAUCGGAUUGCUUUAGAAACUGAGACUGUAGGGGCAAGCGUAUUGGACGAUCUUCGUAGACAGCGGGAACAGAUUCUACACACGCGAAACACUCUGACCGAAGCAGAUUCUUAUAUCGACAAGGCUUCGCGUACUCUGAGGACUAUGACAAGACG